AUGCCGUCCACGCCCUCAUCCCACAAGCCGCGCAAGAAGCGGAGAGCGGACAUCUCUUCCAACAGCUCCAACGGAACCGUCGCCAUCGAUGUCCAGUCCAAACAAGAAAAGCCCGCCUUCCCCCUCGUGGCUUUCUUCUGGCCCGCGCGAACUGCCACCUCCCAAUGGGUCAUCUUAUCCUGUAUCUUCAUGGUCGUUGGCCUCUUCCGCUGGUGCACCGCCAUCUGGCCAUAUUCGGGUUAUCGCAAACCGCCUAUGCAUGGCGACUUCGAGGCACAGCGGCAUUGGCUGGAGAUCACAGUCGGCCUGCCCAUGACCCACUGGUAUUUCCAUGACCUGCAGUGGUGGGGUCUGGAUUAUCCGCCUUUGACGGCAUAUCACAGCUGGAUCCUGGGCAAGGUUGGAUCGCUGAUCAAUCCCGACUGGUUCGCGCUGUAUCUCUCGCGAGCCCUGGAUGAUGCGGAUCUGAAGGUGUUCAUGCGCGCGACGGUCAUGGUGUCGGAGUAUCUGGUUUACGUCCCUGCUGUUGUCAUAUGCGGGAGACAUAUGGCCAGGCUGCAUAACAUCAAUCCGUGGGAGCUGUCGAUAGCUUUGACUGCGAUAUUGAUGCAGCCUGCUACCAUGCUCAUUGACCACGGACAUUUCCAAUACAACACUGUCAUGCUGGGCUUUGUGCUCGCUUCCAUGUCCAACAUGCUCGCUGGCCGGCCACUCUGGAGCUGCGUAUGCUUUGUCGCCGCACUGGGCUUCAAACAGAUGGCUCUAUUCUACGCGCCUGCCGUUGCCGCUUAUCUUGCUGGAUCAUGCUUAUUCCCACGAAUCAGGCUGUUCCGUCUGAUCUGCAUUGCGGCCACGACACUGGCGUCUUUCGCCCUGCUUUACCUCCCACUACUACUGGGAACUCUCUACGACAACCGCCGAAACGUACCACUACCCACCGACAUUCAACUCCCACCUCUCCUCUCGGCCCUACCGUUCGACCUUGCGGAAUCCGCGUGGUACUACCCCUACGUGCUCCAGCUGGCCCAAUCAAUCCACCGCAUCUUCCCCUUCUCGCGCGGCCUCUUCGAAGACAAGGUCGCCAACAUCUGGUGCGCAAUCCACAGCUCCGGCGUGCACAAACUGCACAACUACUCCUCCUCUCUGCUCUCCCGCGCAGCUCUCGGCCUCACCCUCCUCUCCAUCCUGCCGCCAUGCACCAUCAUCUUCUUCAAACCCAAGAAGGUACUCACACCCCUUGCCCUAGCAGUGACAGCGUGGGGCUUCUUCCUCUGCUCGUACCAGGUGCACGAGAAGAACGUGCUGCUCCCCCUUCUCCCCAUGACCAUGCUACUGGCGUCUGAAGGCGGGAUGAAACCCUCCACCAGGGCUUGGGUGGGCUACGCAAAUAUCCUGGCUUGCUGGACUCUUUUCCCCCUUCUCGUGCGGGACGGACUGCGCAUCCCGUACUUCGUUCUCAGCCUCGUCUUCGCCUAUCUCCUCGGCCUCCCUCCCGUCAGCUUCGAGUUGUACACCGCUUCUGCUACUCCGGACGGUGCGGGGCUGCAUUGGUUCGCCAAGAUUCUGCAUCUCGGGACUUACCUUGCAUGCAUCGCUUGGCACGUCGUCGAGGCCUUCUUCCUGCCGCCGACGAACAAGCCGGAUCUGUUCGUGGUGGCGAAUGUCUGCGUUGGCGCUGCGGGUUUUGGCGUCUGCUACUUGUGGUGCUUGUGGCGACUGCUGUCUGAGAGUGGUAUACUGCAAGAUCUUGGUCUUGUGAAGAAGGAAAAGCUGGAUGAUGAUCGCAAGCGGCAAUGA